ACUUUCCAGAAUUCUUUUCCCAAACAAAACAAUAUUUGAUCAUCAAAUAAAACGCUUCACACUUUUGCUCCCCGUGUUUCUGCACUCAAAACAGAACAUAACAUAGUCCUACAAGACUCUGUUUUUUUUUCUUUCUUGGAGAUAUUUAUUGCAAGUGUGUUAGAUUUUUUUUUUUUUUUUUUUUUUUGUUGUUGUUGUUGUUGUUGAAUGGGAAUAUUGGAAUUAAAGAUAGGGUGAUGAGGAAGUCUUUUAAAGAUUCACUUAAAGCACUUGAAGCUGAUAUUCAACAUGCCAAUACUCUGGCUUCAGAUUAUCCAAGAGAAUAUGAUGGCGCUAGCCUUCAGAUGAGACUAUCAUACAGUCCCUGUGCUCAAUUUUUUCUGUUUCUUGUCCAAUGGACUGACUGUCACUUUGCUGGUGCUCUAGGAUUGCUUAGAAUCCUUAUUUAUAAGGCUUAUGAGGAUGGUAAGACAAGCAUGUAUAUUCAUGAGAGAAAAGCUAGUAUAAAACAGUUCUAUGGUGUGAUAUUUCCCUCUUUGUUGCAACUUCAAAGGGGAAUCACUGAAAUUGAUGAGAGGAAGCAGAGAGAGAUAUGCGCAACCAAAUUCAAAAAAGGUGAUGAGAUGAACAAAGGUAAGCUUUCUGAAAUCGAAAUAGAGAGGGAGGAGGAAUGUGGUAUCUGCAUGGAGAUGGAUACGAAGGUUGUCUUACCAUCCUGCAAUCACUCUUUGUGCAUGAAGUGUUAUAGAAACUGGCGUGCCCGAUCUCAGUCGUGCCCUUUCUGUCGAGAUAGUCUCAAAAGAGUGGAUUCUGGAGAACUUUGGAUAUACACCAACAUAUGUGAUAUCAAAGACUUGUGCACAAUAACAAGGGAAAAUAUGAAGAGGCUUCUCAUGUACAUCGAAAAAUUGCCUGUCGUCUAUCCGGAUCCAACAGUUGUCUCUUAUCAGCCUCAUUAGUGAUGAAGAAUACUAUAGGUUAGGUAGGUUGUGCAUACAAACAAGGCAUUCUGUUUGUAUAUAAAUUCUUUUUUAACAGUUAAAUAUGUAUAGUUUGUUGGUCAUUGCCAGCAAGUCUAGAUAUGUGCACCAUAUUUUUCGCAUUCUUAAGGAAGCAUUUCAUUUGCCU